UGUGCGAAGUGCCUCGAAUACUGCCAUCGCCAGGAGAAAUGUAAGAACAACGGGAAAUGCGGCCACUGCGCCGGAGAUCACCUCACCAGUUUCCACCCAUGCAAUGAAUGCCAGGGAGGAUAUAGAUGCACCCACACCCCAAUUAGAUGCCUGAACUGUAAAGGAGCUCAUAAGGCCUCCGACCCAGCAUGCCCCGAAAGGGCCAAACGCCGUUUCCUCAAUAAAGGAAAGGAAAACGCCCCACCCGCUCAAGACCCACCGGCCGCACCCGUCCAAGAGCUGCUCCCAAUCGUACAAGUACCAGCCACCGCCCCGGUCGGAGCCACACCC